CCCUCACUCACUUUCCCCUCUCUUUUCCCUCCACGAUACCCAGAGCGCAUCUCUCUGUCUAGAGAUGCGCAGCGCAAAUCCUCCCAAGCGCCACCUUUGAUAAUUCUUGUUGACUGUUCGCGGGGAAAGCUGCUCGAAUUUCCAUCGACCGGGCACGGCACGGCACCAAGGGGACAGACACCACCGACCGACCGGUCUACAUCCCCGCAGUGAUUAAACUGCAAGGAACAUAAAGGUCAACGCCCUCGACUCAUGAUUCACCACCAUUAGGUGUAGCGGGCCUAGACAACGAGAACAACGAAAGAAAAAAAAGAAAAGGAAAGGAAAGGGACAUUGGCGAAAUGUCUUACGUCGUGCCGAUCCAUCGGGCGAGUAGCAUCCGGGAUGCGCUGAAGCUCAAUUUCAUGGAUCCGGAGAAGGAGGCGCUGGUUGUUGCGAAGUCGAAUCGACUCGAAAUCUACUCUCUCACGCCCGAAGGCCUCAGUCUGGCUGCGUCGUGCUCCCUGAAUGCGAGGGUGACUAUGCUGGCUCGGCUUCCGGCGCCUGUGAACUCGCCUACGGAUCAUUUGUUUGUGGGGACGGAUCGCUAUACCUAUUGCACGUUGUCGUGGGACAGUGAGACGAACCAGGUGCAGACGGAGAGGAAUUAUGUCGACAUCGCGGAUCCGUCGUCGCGGGAGGCGCAGACGAGCAAUCGAUGCCUGAUUGAUCCGAGUGGUCGGUUUAUGACGUUGGAGGUCUAUGAGGGCGUCAUCUCCGUCGUGCCGAUUGUGCAGCUGCCCAGUAAGAGGCGAGGGAGGCAGGUUGCUCUGCCGACAGGACCGGAUGCGCCGCGCGUUGGGGAGCUGGGAGAGCCCACUACUGCCAGGAUCGAUGAGCUGUUUGUGCGCUCAUCGGCGUUCCUUCAUGUCCAGUCCGGGCCGCCGCGCAUGGCGCUGCUGUAUGAGGAUAAUCAGAAGAAAGUGAGACUGAAGGUUCGCGCGUUGACUUAUAGUGGGGCGACGGCGAGUACCGGAGCGGAUGCGGCGUUUGAGGAUUCGCUGGAUGGCUUCUCGCAAGAAUUGGAUCUGGGAGCGUCGCAUCUCGUGCCCGUUCCGGCUCCGUUAGGUGGUCUUCUUGUCCUGGGAGAAACAUCCAUCAAGUAUGUCGAUACGGAUAGUAAUGAGAUCGUGUCGCGUCCGCUGGAUGAAGCCACUAUAUUCGUGGCGUGGGAACAGGUCGAUAGUCAACGGUGGCUUCUCGCCGAUGAUUAUGGAAGGCUGUUUUUCCUGAUGCUAGUCCUGGAUUCUAACAACCAGGUUCAGUCCUGGAAGUUGGAUCACCUAGGGGAUACAUCGAGGGCUUCGGUUCUGAUAUAUCUCGGUGGAGGAAUUGUCUUCGUGGGCUCCCACCAGGGCGAUUCUCAGGUUAUUCGGAUUGGUACCGGCUCCUUGGACGUGAUCCAGACCUUGUCCAAUAUUGCGCCAAUUCUCGAUUUUACGAUAAUGGAUCUUGGGAACCGCAUCAGUGAGAGUCAGACCCAUGAGUUCUCAUCGGGCCAAGCUCGGAUCGUCACCGGCUCCGGAGCGUUUGAUGAUGGAACUCUUCGAAGUGUGCGCAGUGGUGUCGGAAUGGAGGAGCUUGGUGUUCUCGGCGAGAUGGAACACAUCACUGACCUGUUCGGGCUGCAGAUUGCGGCCAAAGGUGGAUUCUUAGAUACCCUUCUCGUCACGUUUGUGGACGAGACAAGAGUCUUCCACUUCAAUUUCGACGGUGAGGUGGAAGAGUUAGACAACUUCCUCGGGCUAAGCCUUUCGGAAAGCACACUGCUCGCUGUGAAUCUUCCGGGUGGAAGAAUACUGCAAAUCACCGAGCAGAGAGUGCUCAUUGCGGAUAUUGAAGGCGGCAUGGUCACGUACGAGUGGACUCCGCCGAACCAGUUGGUUAUCACUGCCGCUUCAGCCAACAACGACUCGGUGGUCCUGGUCAUCGGUGGCCAAAUUGUGACCGUUCUAGACAUUAAGAAUGAUCCUCAAGUCGUGUCGCAGAAGGACUUCGGUGCGGAUAGCCAGGUGUCCGGUGUCACCGUACCCAUGUCUUCGGCCGGUGUCUGUAUCGUUGGAUUUCCUCAAUUAGCAAAGGUCUCGGUUUUGGAUCUUCAAAACCUAUCGGAUCUCCAUACCACGUCACUCGGGCCUCCUGGAGAGGCCUUCCCGCGAUCCGUACUUGUUGCGGACGUCCUUGCGGAUAGCCCGUCCACACUUUUCAUCUCGAUGGCCGAUGGCAGCGUCAUCACCUACUCUUUCGACUCAACAGACUUUUCUUUGACCGGUAUGAACAAGCUUAUUCUCGGGUCGGAGCAGCCCACUUUCAAGAAGCUACCUCGGUAUGAUGGAUUGUACAAUGUCUUUGCAACGUGCGAGAACCCUAGCUUGAUCUACGGCUCAGAAGGACGCAUUAUCUACUCCGCGGUCAAUUCAGAGGGCGCAUCUCGCGUAUGCCACUUCAAUUCGGAGGUGUAUCCCGGUUCGAUCGCGGUAGCCACCAGCCACGAGCUGAAGAUUGCUCUGGUGGACAAGCAGAGGACGACGCAGAUCCAAACGCUUCCGAUCGGCGCAACCGCGCGCAGAGUCGCGUACUCGCCAUCCGAAAAGGCUUUCGGUAUUGGUACCAUAGAGCGGAAAUUGAAAGAUGGGGCAGAGAUGGUGCACAGCCAGUUUGUGCUAGCGGACGAGAUUCUCUUUCGCCGCCUUGACUGGUUCGACCUCCGACCCGAAGAGUUGGUUGAAAGUGUCAUUCGUACCGAGUUCGCCGCAGGCAAGGACGAACACGGUCGGGAGACCACCAAAGAUCGGUUUAUAGUGGGAACAGCCUACCUGGAUGAUGAGACAGAAGCUUCGAUCCGAGGCCGGAUCCUGGUGUUCGAGAUAGACAACGGUCGGAAACUGACCAAAGUGGCUGAGCUUCCGGUCAAAGGGGCGUGUCGCGCCCUGGCUAUGCUGGGUGACAAGAUUGUGGCCGCUCUGGUUAAGACGGUCGUUAUCUAUGGAGUAGUGAACAACAACUUCGGAGCGAUGAAACUGGAGAAACUGGCCAGCUAUCGGACCUCGACCGCUCCCGUGGACGUAACCGUGACAGGCGACGUAAUCGCGGUCGCUGAUCUGAUGAAGAGUGUCUGUCUUGUGAAAUACAACGAAGGUGAGAACGGGCUCCCGGAUACCUUGACGGAGGUGGCUCGCCACUUUCAGACCGUCUGGACGACUGGCGUUGCUUGUAUUGCCAAAGACACCUUCCUCGAGAGUGAUGCCGAAGGCAACCUGCUUGUGCUGCGGCGCAAUCUGACGGGUGUGGAGGAAGAAGACAAGCGUCGACUUGAGGUGACGGGGGAGAUCUCUCUGGGAGAAAUGGUCAAUCGCAUCCGACCUGUCAACAUCCAACAAUUAGCUAGUGUGAUGGUCACCCCGAGGGCUUUCCUGGCUACGGUCGAAGGAUCCAUCUAUCUUUUUGCCAUCAUCAACCCGGAACACCAGGACUUCUUGAUGCGUCUGCAAGCUACCAUGGCCGGCAAGGUCGAAUCGCUGGGGAACAUCCCGUUCAACGAGUUCCGUGGUUUCCGCAGCAUGGUGCGGGAGGUGAAAGAGCCGUACCGUUUUGUGGAUGGGGAGCUGAUCGAGCGGUUUUUGACCUUGGAGCCGAGUGUGCAGGAGGGGAUUGCCGACUCUGUGGGGUUGAUGCCUGUAGAUGAAGUGAAGGUCAUGAUAGAAGCGUUACGACGACUGCACUAAGUGCAGCAGAAGAAGUCCCUAGGAUUUUGGAUCGAAAUAUGAAUGAUAAUGGUC